ACCGCUACGAAUAUUUAGAUACUAUGGAAUACUUCGAUUACAAUUAUCGAUUGUUACGGUGUGCAAAGGUGUGCAAGGUGUUUUCUUGGUGCUGGUAAUGUAGACCCCUCCAAAACGGGGCCAACAAAUGUCGUGCAAAAGGAUUCUUCAGGAAGAUCGAAAAGGUCGCGGGCAAAUUAAAUAUGAUUACGACGAUCUGAGUAAACUUUGUUUUGAUAAAGCAACGAAUUCCGCUAACAUGUGCUCAAAGACCAUCCUGCAAGAAGAAAACCAAGAUGUCAUUCGAAGUUCGCGUAAUGUCGAAGAAACGAGUGAGUUAGAAAUAUCAACAUCUACAAACUUUUCUUUACCUACCCAGACUGAGUUAACACAGGACAUUGCUGGUGAAAAUGUGGACGAUUGGUUUAAACAAAGAACUGAAUCUGUAUCCAGUAUAGAUUUGGAUGUUGUAAUGAAAAGUGAAGGGAUGGACACGAAUUACUUGACAGAAAACAUUGGUCACAAUUUUUUAUCAAACAAAGAUGUAGACAUGACAUCUAUAGUUACAAAUAUUUGUGACAUAGGAUUAGGCUUAGAUAUACCUACUAAUGCAUCUUCUAGGUCCAAAAAUAAAUCAAUUACAGAAGCAGACUGUGAUAAUGUAAUUCUAAACAGUUACUCAACAGAUCAGGACACCCUUCUAAAUGAUUUGGAUAGAAGUGACCUAUUAGUAGGAAACAGUGGAAUUAAUAGGUCUCAUAAAGUGGAGCUUCUUGAUACUGUCACAUCAGCAAAACAGACUCAUUCUGCGGAUCAUGUGAUUGGACCAAAUGAAGGGCAAUAUACUUCAGUGGAAGAACCGUCCACUCACAUGACUGAAGAUAAGGAAUUUAAGGAAAAUCUUUGGAAUGGGAGUGGAAUAACUGACACACAGCCAUUAAUAGAACAGUAUAGUGCAAAUGGAUUAACUGAUACACAACCAUCAAUAGAAAAUGGGAAAGAGAAGGCAAACUGGGAGAGUUUAUCGGUCAUAAGUAAACGAAGUGUAGAUGGAGAUUCUGAAAAAGAAAUUGAUUUUCCUGAACUGAAUUUAAUUACCUUCCAAAUUGAUCCCAGUGAUGCCAUGUGUAAUAUUAAUCAGGUGGAAACAAAUCACAAAGAAAUAUUAGUUUCCUCCACAGCAGGUGAUAGUGAUAAAACUGUACGGGAUAGUGAAAAGGAUAUUUCUUCUGCACCAGUAGACUUAUCAAGAAAGAAACAUACAGUCAUUUCAACAGGAAAUAAUAAGUUAAUGAGGAGUAUUCCAAGCACAAGUACUAGUGCUAACAUGUCAGCUCCUGUUCCUAAAAACACUGGGCUUCCUACAUCGAAUCCUCGUAGUGUGUUGAAGAACCCUCUGAAAAUAUCAAAUACUGCAAAGAAGUCUAGUGUUUUAAAAACUCCAGGCCCAUUUACCUCAACCUCACAGACAAAAUCAGCUGAUGCAUUUGGAGCAAGAUCUGUUGAAUCACAACAAGAAGGGUCAAAAGUAGCAGCACCCAUAAAGAAGGCACCAUCAAUGGCUAUCAUAGCCAUAUCCACAGACAAAUCAAAGAAUACAACUGAAAUUGUUAUCAAUUCUCCAUAUGGUGAACAAGUUUUCAAGGGAAAGACAACUGAUCUAAUGAAAGCCACAUCUGGGCUAUGGCAGAAGUUGGAUAAUAACAAGAUUCAAAAAGCUGACCAGCCACUGUCUAUCAGUACAGCACAACAGCCUUCAGUGUUAGAUGCAUCUAUUGGGGACCAGACCAUACAGCAGACUACUGAUGUUCCAGGUGAUAUGGCUGAGGAGCGAGAGGAAUAUGGUGAUCCUGCAGCAGAGGAAGACCAGCCAGUAAUGGAGGCCCUUGCUGACCUUGGAAUAGCUGUUGACAAGGAUAACAUUUUCUGUGUAUCAACUGGAAACGGUCAGAAGUUUUGGGUAUGUCCAAUUAAGGAAUGUGGCAGAAUGUAUCCACGACAGAGUAUGCUGAAGGUCCAUAUCUUGAGCCAUUUCAACGUCAGACCUUACAGGUGUAAUUUUGUAGGAUGCCAUUGGUCAUUCUAUACAUAUUUCAAACUGAAGAGGCAUAAAGAAACACAUCUCAAGAGAAAAGAUUUUGUAUGCCGAAUAAAAGGCUGUGAACGUCGAUUCACCACAAUAUAUAAUCUUAACACACACCAGAAAUUGCAUGCACGACCUCUUGAGAUGGUGUGUCCAGUUGAAACUUGUGGUGCACGAUUCCAGACCAAGAGAAGUCUCGAACUGCACCUGAAAAGUCAUGACAGCCUUCAUGCACCAUACAAGUGUUUAUAUGAGGGUUGUGGGAAACACUACUACUCACUCAACUCGCUGAAUGCUCACUCACGAAGCCACCAGCACAAGGAAGAGGAGGUUCAGUGUCAGUGGGAAGGUUGUGGUAAACUGUUUGACAAGCCAUGCAGGCUCAAAGCUCACAUGCGAUCUCACACAGGGGAUAAACCUUAUCCCUGCACAUACCCGGAUUGUGGCUGGGCAUUCUCAAGUGCAAGCAAGUUAAAACGUCAUCAGCAGAAGCACACUAAUGAACGUAAAUUCCAGUGUGGCAUCGAAGGUUGUGGGAAGUCCUUCAUGAGAUCAGAACAUCUCAAGGAGCAUACACUUACCCAUGUUGGGCAGAGAAACUUUCAGUGUCCGUAUGAUUACUGUGGAGUAAAAUUUUCGGCAAAGAGUAGCCUGUACGUUCACUUAAAGAGGCACAGUAAGCCUAGCUCUGCAGCAGGGGAUAAAGUUAUAUAUCAUUGUCCAAUAGAGAAGUGUACCAGAACUUAUACCUGCAAGUCUAGUCUGAGGCAGCACAUGCUCAAGUUCCAUACACCAGUCCUUGCUAACGACCCUAGUCAGCUAGACUAUAUUGCAUUACUGACAGGAGAUGACGAUUUGGCAGCUUUAGAGGGGUUACAGUUUUCUGGAGAUAUGACACCAGCUGUCAGUGGCAGCCUCAGUUCUCUAAAUGCUGUCAGUCUUAUUACACAGCCUUCUGUGAUGAUCAGUGGUGAUGAUGGUAUGAAUUCCAGUCCACCUGAAUAUAUCAGUACAGAUUUUCAGUUCCCUGGAAUUCUACCAUCACAGAUUUGUACCAGUGGAAACAUUGGGAUUGGAUGCAAUAGUGGCACUAACAGCAGUGUUGUAACACAUGUUGUCCUGGCACCACCUGACAUGCAGAAUUCAUCCUUCACCAUGUCAAAUUCAAGUAUGUCGGCUUGUGACACAAAUCAGCCAGAUAUUAGUGAUGCAAUGGAUCAGCCCAUUAAUAUACCGAUGUUUGAGCCGAUUUCACUUGAAAUGGAAAGUGGGGCACGUUCCGUGCAUGGAUCUGCACGAACCAGUUUCACAUACCAGGACAUUGUCCGAGAGAGAGAUCGCAGGAAAGUCAGUGCAAGUCCAGCGUCUACGGACCCUAUGAAUAGCAGCACAGGAACAAGAGUUCCAACAGAUGUUGUGCUGGGAACAGGACUUCUAGGGAGUAGCCAGGACAUUGCACAGAGCCUUCUUCUCCAGGAUGAUUUGCCAAGUCAUCAUCACAGUUUGUAUCAAGAGGACCACAUGAUGGCUGUGGGUCCUGGCGUUGGAGAGUUCCAGGUGUUGUUAUUAGACCCAGCGAGCAGCACUCGCCACGAGUUUGCAGAAUCAACCAUCAACCUUCGAGAUCUGGAAUAGAAUAGAUCAUAUGCUUCUGCAUAGAACUGUUCAUCUCUGCUGUUCUGCAGAGCCCAUGGUUAGUAGUGAAGGAACAUUCUUUAACACACAACAAAAUUUUCUUACUUUUGAAUCAAGUCAAAAGUGAAGCCUCAGCUGAGAAAUGAGAUAUGAUCAAAUGCUGGGUGGUCAGAUAUUGCACACUUCAGGUUUUGUGACCCAUGAAUAUAGAACAUUUGUAGAAUUGUGACUGGAAACAGAAACCUGAAGUACUUGCAGGAAAGCCUGUCCAGCACCACAUAGACUAUCCUGGGAUGAUUGAACAUGAAUAAAAUGUUUUUGCAUUUCUUGUAUUUUAGAGAUAAAUAUGUCAGUGUGCUUUAAAUUAGUGAAUUGUUCAGAAAAUUUAGCUGUCUCAUUUGUGUUUAAUAAAAUAGAUUCAGUCACUAUUCCAUAGAUGUUGCUGAAAUCUAGCAGGCCAAAUUUGUGACGUGUUAUACUAAGAAUAUUGAUAAAACUGAUGUUAUAUAGCUUAUUAUGGUCUCAUAUAUUGAAAGCUAUAAUUAUUUGGCACUAGAGCUGAACACUGUUACACUUACUUGAAGCUAAAUAUGAAUGUAAAUAAUACAUUUUGUUUUGUUCUGAAUAGAUGAUGAAAGUGUAUGCAGAGGGCUUUGUGUUUUUGAGUCUAAGAGAAUUCAGCUGUCAAAGUAUGUGAGACAACUAAAGUAGGGUUUAACUGAAAAAUAAUUGUGUUGAAAUGAUAAAAUGUUUCUGUCUGUCUCUCU